AUGGACUGUGGAGCCUGGCAGGAGAGGCAGCAGCAGGAGGUUUUUGAAUCAAAUGAAGAAUCAGGCCAUCUUAUCCUUACCAUUGUUGUAUCUGGCCAUUUCUUUAUUUCCCAAGGGCGAACAGUACUGGAAGUCUUUUCAUUAAUUGAUUCCCACAAGUGGUUAAAGAUAGUAAGAAGAGCGGACUGCCUGCUUCUUUGUGCACAGUCAGAGCAGAAUGAAUGCCGCAUGUUUCGUGUUCAGUUCGGUGGAGAUUCAAAAGAACAGAUGCUGGAACACUGCUGCAAUUGCGUUCAGAAGCUUGCAGAGUACGUACCGGUUCAAGUAAUGGAGGAACAAAGCCAGCAGCUCUAUCACAGUCUCAGUCAGCUGGCUAACGGUGAAAAUCAAGUGAAGGACAUGGAACAAAGUGCAUCAGUACUACACGUACCAGAUGAGCCCCUACCAGAUUGCUGCACAAGCCUUGGAGAAAGAAGAUCUGUAACACAGCUAGCACAGUCUGUGCUGAAAAAGGAGUUUGAGCUGCCCCUCGCGUAUCGGCAUUCGGUGUGGCCAGCGGAGGAGCUGGGGCCCUUCAUCCGCUUGUGCCUUAUGGAUCAGAGCUUCCCAGCUUUCGUGGAAGACGUGGAGAAGGAGUUGAGAAAACUCACAGAAGGGUGA